AUGAAGGCAGCCUGCGAAGCAAGCGAGGAUCUGAACGAACGAAGCUACGAAGAAAAGAACAAGCGCAAAGUUAGUACUUCAGCGGAAUCGUUGAGCAGGAAAAGAUCCAUGGCCGUUUCGAAACCAAAAACUGAAAAUAAGUCAGAUGAUUCGAAGGAACAAAUUAACGACGAUCAGCUUGAGACCUGUCGUGGUCCUGCGGUGGUAUUCGAUGUUAGCCAUAUAAUAACACAAAAAACAAUGGUUUCACCACCUAAGACGAACCUCGAUUCUCUACGUGAAGAGAACCCACUUGCUAAAGCGUACAAGACCAAGAGAAUCGAGUCGAAAGAGAAGGUUGAGGAACCGUUCAUCGCUCCUGACGAGAAGAUCGCCCAAUUUUCAUUUUAUCAAAUGGACCGUUCAGAACUGAGAAAGAGAGCUCAAUGA